CAAAACAAACAGGUGCCAUAAGCUCAUUUAAUUUGUAUUUAAUAAUUUAGCAUUUAAUCAAAGCACAAACAUUUUGAUUGGUCAGCACAACUGGUGUGCAUUGUGCUUCGAUUGGCGGCAAAAUGCGUCCAUUUUCUGGCAGCGAUUGCGUGAAGCCCGUCAGCGGCUGCAUCAACCGCGCCUUUGGCAACAAGGAGCCCUGGCAGGUGGCCGCAAUUACAGCGACAACCGUUUUGGGAGGCGUUUGGAUCUGGACGGAGCUCAGCAAGGAUGAAAGUCUCUAUGUGCGGGGCAAGCGUCAGUUCUUUAAGUUGGCCAAGAAGCUGCCGGCUGUUCGCCGCCAAGUGGAGAAAGAGCUGAGCAAGGCCAAGAACGACUUUGAGUCGGAAAUCCAGAAGAGCAACCAGCAUUUGGAGUACUCGGUGCGUCUGCCCGAGAAGGGCCUAACUAAGGAGCAGAUACUUGGGCUCGUGGAUGAUCAUCUCAAGACUGGUCACUACAGCUGGCGCGAUGGUCGUGUUUCGGGCGCUGUCUACGGCUACAAUCCGGAGCUGGUGGAGCUGGUUACAGAGGUUUAUGGCAAGGCUUCCUACACGAAUCCUCUUCAUGCCGAUCUCUUCCCUGGCGUGUGUAAAAUGGAAGCCGAAGUGGUGCGCAUGGCCUGCACGCUAUUCCAUGGCAACGCCGACAGUUGCGGCACAAUGACAACCGGUGGCACGGAGUCCAUUUGCAUGGCCAUGAAGGCCUAUCGGGACUAUGCACGCGAGGAGAAGGGCAUCACGAGGCCAAACAUUGUGGUACCGCGCACAGCGCACGCAGCCUUUGACAAGGGCGGCCAGUACUUUAAUAUACACGUGCGCUACGUGGACGUCGAUCCGGAAACCUACGAGGUGGACAUCAAGAAAUUCAAGCGAGCCAUCAAUAGGAAUACAAUUCUGCUGGUUGGAUCUGCGCCCAAUUUUCCGUAUGGCACCGUUGAUGAUAUCGAAGCUAUUGCUGAGCUGGGCGUCAAGUAUAAUAUUCCCGUGCAUGUGGAUGCUUGCCUGGGCAGCUUUGUGGUUGCGCUGGUGCGUCAUGCUGGCUAUCAGCUGCGCCCCUUCGACUUUGCUGUGAAGGGCGUGACCAGCAUCUCGGCCGAUACGCAUAAAUACGGCUUUGCACCGAAGGGCUCGUCGGUCAUAAUGUACUCGCAGAAGAAGUUUAAGGAUCAUCAGUUCACGGUCACAACCGACUGGCCUGGCGGCGUUUACGGCUCACCCACAGUGAAUGGCUCCCGUGCUGGUGGCAUCAUUGCCGCCUGCUGGGCUACAAUGAUGAAUUUCGGCUAUGAGGGCUAUCUGGAGGCGACAAAACGCAUUGUAGACACAGCGCGUUACAUUGAGCGAGGCGUGCGUCAGAUCGAUGGCAUCUUCGUAUUUGGCAAGCCAGCCACCUCUGUUAUUGCCAUGGGCUCGAAUGUGUUUGACAUUUUCCGGCUCUCGGAUGCGAUGUGCAAACUGGGCUGGAAUCUUAACCCACUGCAGUUCCCCUCCGGCAUUCACAUCUGCAUCACGGACAUGCACACCCAGCCGGGUGUGGCAGAUAAGUUUUUGGCUGAUUUGCGUACCUGCACAGCGGAGAUUAUGAAGGAUCCUGGUCAGCCAGUGGUUGGUAAAAUGGCUCUGUAUGGCAUGGCCCAGAGCAUACCCGAUCGUUCGGUGAUUGGCGAGGUCACACGUCUGUUUCUACACUCCAUGUACUAUACGCCUGAAAAGUGAAAUGUGCUUUGCGAUGUCAGCUGAAUCCAGCUACCUUUCACAGCACUCACAUGUUUCUAGUGCAAUAUUCCAUACCACCAAACUUGAUACUUGUUGUUAAUGUUCCCACUCGAAGUAUCCAUUUAGCAUUAAUUCCAAUGCAUCUAUAUCUUAUUGUAAACUAGGGUAAAAAGUGUUUGUUAAUGAAAUUUAUUGAGAUCAAUGUCUUUGUAUGAGGAGCUAACAUAUGUCAACUGUGCAGUGCUUAUUUUUUAUACUUAUUAAAUUUUUUCUAUGUAAUCGCUUUA